AGGCCCUUUUUUUUUAUUACCCCGCGUUCUCCUCUUCGUUACAUAUAGAAAUGCUUCGCUCGGCAUUGAAAAGAUUACCAGUUUGCACCACCCGAUUGUAUAUUAUUAGACCUUGUUAUCAUGUCAAGCGGUUUCAGUCCACCGUAAGCGGUACAGAAGAGACCCUAUCUCCACAAACAUUCACAAACAACACCAUUGCCAACCAUGUAUCGCCUAUUCGUCGAUAUGAUGAAAUUACCAGCCAUGGGGGGCCAGUGAAAUCCGACCCAGACCAAAGAAAGGUGAUUGAGAAACUAGACGAAUUAUGGUACGACCUUCGAGAAUAUCAACCCCAAGCCUUCAAAGAGCAAGGCAAAUCCGUAAGUUGGGGAAGUUGGUUUGGGUAUAGAAACGAGAAUAAAGUAAUGGAAAAAAACGUCCCGGAAUCCUUGUAUAUCUAUGGUAACGUGGGUACGGGUAAAACUAUGGUGAUGGAUUUAUUCUUUGAUACAUUGGCCAUUACCCGUAAAAGAAGAGUCCAUUUUCAUGCUUUUAUGCUGGAUGUUCAUCAACGUAUUCAUCGUGUGAAAACAGAACAUCCCGUGCUGGCAGAUCCUUUAGCUCCCAUUGCCGAUGAUUUAGUGAAAGAAGCCUAUGUGUUGUGUUUUGAUGAAUUUCAAGUCACAGACAUUGCAGAUGCCAUGAUUCUUCGUAAUCUAUUUGAAGAACUCUUUAAACGUGGUGUUGUACUGGUCACUACAUCCAAUCGACACCCUACCGAACUAUACAAGAACGGUAUUCAACGUUCCUCUUUUAUACCAUGCAUUGAUUUACUCUUGAAGAAAUGUGAUGUCCUCUGUCUCGAUUCAGGCACCGAUUAUCGAAAGAUCGAACGAGCUCAAUCCAAUGUGUUUUUCCAUCCGUUGAAUCGACAGACGACGGAAAAGAUUGAUGCGUUGACAAGACAGUUAACUGGCGGUAAAGAGAUGGUGCCCAAAGAUCUGCAUUUCUUAUCCCGUACCUUGACGAUUCCAGCACAAGUGGACGGUGUAGCGAAAAUGACGUUUGCUAGUGUCUGUGCUCAACCACUGAGUGCGGCGGAUUUUAUUGAGAUUGUCAAGAACUUUCAUACGGUGAUCUUGACAGAUAUUCCAAGCAUGACGAUGAAACAUCGUGCUGAAGCCAGAAGAUUCAUCACGUUCAUCGAUGCCAUGUAUGAAUCCCAUGUGGUCCUCAUUGCAAGUGCAGAAAAUGGCAUGAUGGAUAUCUUUAACGCAGAAGAAGGCAAAGAAGAAAUGCAAGAACAAAUGCUUGCUGCCAUGAGUCAAGAUUCUUCCUUGGAUGUCUCGGAUAUUUCUUCGCCUUUAUUCUCGGGCCAAGAGGAAGCCUUUGCUUUUCAAAGAGCUCUCUCUCGAUUAAUUCAAAUGCAGAGUACCGAAUGGGUUUCCCAACGCUUGAUUGUGAAAUAGAUAGACAGCUUUUUUAUUUUUUUAAUUUUUUAUUUUAUAUCCGCUUUUUUUUUUU